UAGGAGGUUAAGCAAAAUACACAUAAGUGAUUAAUAUUUAGCAUUUGACCUAUACAUUUUGAUUAAAUUUCAAAAUAGCCAUUAAAAUACACAUGCGAUGAGCUGGAAUAGGUGAAAUACGAUAAACUGUUAACUUGUUGAAAAGUUAGGUGCAUAUUGAUAAAUUUCCCUUGUUUAUCUUUAUAAUAACAACAAUGUCUAUACUACAACUACUAUUGUCAUUUUAUUAUUACUGGCAGAUUUAUUGCUUUAUGAAGAUUUAAAAGAACCAAUACAUCACCUGUUAGGAGGUGCAAGUUAGUUCGAGUAGAAGGUUAAAAAGGGGCGAAGGUUAAAAAGGGGCAAAAGGUAGGCGCAAAAGGACAUAGCUGGAAGUGGUGAGAAAAGAUACGGGGACUCAUGGAAGCACAAGGUGUGACUCUUAAUAGAGCAGACUGGCAGACCAGGAUUCGUUUAGCUGAUUGCAAUUAGUUGGGAAAAAGUUUUGAUGAUGAUGAUGAAGAUUUAUAAGCAUAUGAUAAUGGACCUGCAAGCAUGGUUGAUCUUUAGGGGCAUAUAUGACAUUUAACCAAACUGCUGUACUUGAGGGCAUAGUUGUCCACUUUGUGCUGUUGGGGAUUCUCUGGAAGGGCUAUGAUGGCUCUUCAGAUAAAUUCAAAAGAAAGAUGAGGUCAUUUCAGUCAUUAUUUCUUGAAGAUUGCAUUCUCUCACCACCCCCUUCCAGCCUUUCCGCGAUUCUUAAACUAACCAUUUUUACAGCCAUGCUUUUUGAUCAUCCAUAAACUCUCCCCUUUCAUCUGUGUGUAGUUGUUAGGGCAGCUUAAAAGCAUGCAUGACCCUCUCUCUCACACAUUCUCUCUCAUCUGUCUGUCUCUCUCAUAUAACACUCAAAACCCACCUUCGAAAUCCCUUUAAAAAUGGCUGCCAGGCCUCCCUGACUGUCCCUCCAUCUCUGUCUUUUUGGGUGAGUUUCUUUAUCCGUUUCUGAGUCUUGGAGCAACUAAGCUCGCUCUAAGAAAGUGGGCUUCUUUUUCGUUUGCUCUCUUUAGAAGAGAACUUCAUGAGAUAUCCAUGGCUGCACAGCUCAUACUUCUCCUCCUAUUGUGCCUGAGCCAACACAUGUCGGCCUCAAUCCCAAAUACAGACCUUGAUGUGGCCAUUUCGGAGAUGCGAUCUGCUAAGUACUACUCUUAUGUCCUCUUACUUCAAAUGAUAGAGAGAAAAAUCCCUCUCAAUAUCACAUUCCUAAUGCCUACCGACAUCGCACUGUCGAGUGUUCUUCUCUCUGAGAAUGAGAUCACGAAGUUCAUAUUCAGCCACUCUAUCCCCACCCCUCUCUUGUUUGAUCACCUUACUUAUUUCCCUAGUGGUUCCAUGAUUCCAACUUGUGAGCCCGGGUUCAUGUUAAGGAUGGUUAAUGAUGAAUUGAGGGGAGUCUUCCUUAAUACUGUGAGGAUUACAGAGCCUAAUGUGUGUGUUGUGGGGUCCAUUAUUCGAUGCCACGGGGUUGGUGGGGUGCUGAUGUGGCAGAAUAUGACCAAAGGGACAAGUGCCCCUCUGCCCAUCAGCCCACCCCCAGCAUUGCCGAUGCACCAGCUGCCAGCAGUGGGACCCGCGAGUGCCCCAAAUGGGAGUGGCUGGACUUCACCUAUGAUGCCCUUCAGUCCAGGGAGUUUGGGGCCGAGCAAGUCUGGGGGUCUAAAGAAGUUGGUGUCUGAAAUUGUGAUUAUGGGUUUCUGUAUUUUCUUGGUUUUUGUAUGACCCUAGAGUUUUUUUAAGGGUAACAUGCUUUGUGUG